AUGGGGAAGCGGGGUGCUGUUUUUUUCUCUCUGGCCCGUUAAGCGUGGCUAUUUGAAUCACCGCUUUCGGACAAACAAAACCCUCCCCAUCCCAAAACCCAAACCUGUGGCGGCUGCGAGGCUGAGAAUCGCUGUUUCUUUUCUCACUGCUUCUCUGUCUCGCGCCUCUGUAAGGCUUCUGAAUCCGAUCUGUUCUAAGUUUGAUAACUCGUUGUGGGUUUGGGGGGUCUGGUUGAUUCUUUUCCCACCUUCUGAAGAUCUAGUAAUUGACCUUGCCAUGGCCACCGCUGCUCCCGCCGAUCAAGCAGCUAAUUUUCUGCAGAAGUUGUCUGUAGAUACUCAAGCCAAGGCCUUGGAAAUUCCUGAGCCCACAAAGAACGUUACUGGUAAUCAAUGCGAAUUACUUGAUUCCAGCAAUACCGCAAAUGAUCAGAUCCCAUCUUGCGAGCGAUCGAUUACCCCAUUAUUGCAAGAUUUUGAUCCCGCCAUGUGUUACGUCCCCAAUGGCUACCCUUCUGCUGCCUAUUUUUAUGGAGGUUAUGAUGGGGCUGGUAAUGAUUGGGAUGAUUAUUCUAGAUUCGUAAAUCCUGAUGGAGUUGAGUUGCCUUCUGGAGUUUAUGGGGAUAAUGGGUCUCUUGUAUAUCACCAUGGAUAUGGAUAUGCUCCUUAUGGCCCAUAUUCACCAGCAGGGUCGCCGGUGCCAACCAUUGCAAAUGAUGGUCAGUUGUAUGGGCCUCAACACUACCAGUAUUCUCCAUAUUUCCAGCCAUUGGCUCCAACCAGUGCGUCAUUUACACCUACUUCUGCUGCCCCUCCUCAGGGUGAGGUUUCUUCCUCUUUAACUGCUGACCAAAAGCCAGUACCUGUGGAAGGAGCUAAUGGGAAUUCUAAUGGCGCUGAAAAAGGUGGGAGGGUAAAAGGUAGAAAUGUUGCAGCUCCAGAAAAACUAGCACAUAAAAAUUCAUCAUUUAGUUCUAGUCCUUUGUAUAGAAGGGGUGCUACUAUGCCAGGUUGUGUACCUCCUAUGGGUUACCAGGAUCCAAGAUAUGGUUUUGAUGGAUUAUGCUCUCAUAUUCCAUGGCUUGAUGCUCCUCUAAUUUCUGAGAGGCAGCCAAGGCCAGUGACUAGUGCUGCAAUCACUUCAAUUUCUGGGAGCAAUAACGUUACUGCUUCAAGGAGCCAUAAUUUCUGCCUCAAUUCUCAAUUUAUGGGUUUGCACCAUCCAAGGCCAUUGCCUGCGAUUGGAGCCACUCAUGGCUUCAUAAAUCGGAUGUAUCCAAGCGAGUUAUAUGGUCAUUAUGGUAACACGAUCAGAUCAGGCAUGGAUUGUGGGAUGCGUGGCUAUGAUUCUCAAGGAAAUGGACGUGCUUGGCUAGCUGUUGACAGUAAAUAUAAGAUUAGGGGACGGAGUGGCUACUAUGGCUCCAGCAAUGAGAACAUUGAUGGUUUAAAUGAAUUGAACAGGGGACCUAGAGCCAAGUGCUGUAAGAGCCAGAAGGUUCUUGCCCCAAUAGCCCUAUCGGUUAAAGGGCAGAAUUUGCAUGCAAAUCUAACUAAUGACAUGGAAAAAGACAAGACCUGGGUUAUUCCUGAUCGUGAUCAAUAUAACAAAGCAGAUUUUCUUGAAGAGUACACUGAUGCAAAGUUUUUUAUCAUUAAGUCUUAUAGUGAGGAUGAUAUUCAUAAAAGUAUCAAGUAUAAUGUUUGGGCCAGUACACAGAUUGGUAACAAGAAACUUGAUGCUGCAUUCCAGGAAUCCCAGAAGAAACCUGGCGCCUGCCCUGUGUUCCUCUUCUUCUCGGUUAAUACCAGUGGACAAUUUGUUGGCCUCGCAGAGAUGAUUGGUCCAGUUGAUUUUAACAAGAGUGUGGAGUACUGGCAACAAGACAAGUGGAAUGGUUGUUUUCCUCUGAAGUGGCACAUGGUGAAGGAUGUUCCAAACAAUUUGUUGAGGCACAUUACCUUGGAAAACAACGAGAACAAACCUGUCACUAACAGCAGGGAUUCUCAAGAGGUAAUGUUGGAGCCUGGGUUAAAAAUGAUUAAAAUUUUUAAGGAGCAUGCCAGUAAGACAUGCAUUUUGGAUGAUUUUGCAUUUUAUGAGGACCGCCAGAAAACAAUUUUGGAGAAGAAAGUGAAGCUGCAAUUUCCAAAGCAGGUCUGGGAAGGUAAGGCUACUGAUGGGAAGACAGAGCUUAGUGCGGAAGUUAAAACUCAAAAUUCUAAUGUUCCUGCUGUCAUUCUCCAAGAAUGUAACCUGGCUGAACAGAACAGUGAUGGCUUCAAAUUUUCUGAAAAUAGUACUGUUGCUAAAAUGGGAGAUGUCCCAAAGGGUGCUAAAGCAGUUGUCGCUGAGAGUAAGAUCUCCAAUGGGGUUGCUAAUGGUUACUAGCCUCUGCCAUGUCUUGUGGCGGUGGUGACCUAGACUGGAGCUCCGAUGCUAAGCUGUCAACAUAUAUUAUUGAGCAAUUUGCUGCCUCCUGGUUGGAUAUCUUACUUUUUUCUCGAGUAUGAUGAUUGAUUGACAAGUGGGAUAAUGAUCUGUAUAUUUUCGAGUUUCGCAGGGAGCAGUUAGAUUGGAGAAUGCUAUGACCAACUCUUUUUCAUUGGGUUUUGUUUAGCUCCUAGCCGUUUUUAUUACUCCUAGGGUCGUUUUCGUUCAGCUUCCCCUUUUUGUCAGUUAUUCCCUGUCAUGAAUUUGGCGCUAUGACCUAGUACUUUGUUGUUUAGGGGCAUUGCUUUUGGUACUAGCAAAGAAAUCUGGAAGCAAGGCAAGAAAAUAUUGAAAUAUAGUAGGCGUUUAGGUUAUUGGUUAUUUCCUUUCAUCGUCUGUCUUCCCCUUUUUUCUUGGCUUAUUUCGGUGCUUUGUUGUUGAGAGGCUUUGCAUUUGUUUCUACUUUCAAGAGAUAUGGAAGCAAGGCGGGAAAUUAUUGCUUA